GGAUAGAUCUGGGCAGUAGGAUACUACAUGAAAAUUUGUACUGAAAUACUCCUAGGAAAGCCUAUGCAGUUUUUCAAAUCUGCAAAAUUGUCCAAAUUCCAUUGUCCAAAUUCCUAUUGUCGAUUUUCCACUAAACCGAUUUUCACGUGUAUCGAUGAGCUCGUAUGAGAUUAUUAGAUAGUCAACAAAUUGAUAGGACAAAGUAUGAUUUUCAGCGCAUAAUUGAAUAAAAAAAUCAGAAAUAAUGAAAGCAAUUUCUGUUUCUGUUGAAGGACAACAGUCAUCAUCAUCAUCACCAUCACUAUCACCAUCAUCAUCAUCUGAUUCAUCAGUACACGUAUUGAAUGAUGAAACUGAAUCGGCAUCAACUACACUGAAAAAAAAAUCCGUCGAAUAA